CAAACCAACUGCAAGCUCUCAACCUUCACCUUCACUUUCAAAUUACUCUUCACCUUCACUUUCGAAUCGAAAACCUCCAAUCUCUCUACCUGGUCAAGGUUCUCAAAAUCGGGUUAAACAAACUGCUGCUCUCUUUGAGCGUGUGGCUUCUAAUGGUUCGAAUCUGUCUUCUCUUUCAUAUACUCCCAAUCGUCUUCCGGAUGACCGUAGGAGUCAAUUCGAUCGUAGACACAGUUCUCAGCCAUCCAGUCACCUUUCUUCUUCAAGAACAUCUUAUACUCCCGAACAUUGCUCUGAUUAUCCUUCAUUACCCAAUCUUUCCACCUCACCGGACCUUCAAGGCACACCGGAUUCUCCAAAACUCGACUCGGACUUCCGACAGAUGCUCUCCUUUCCGAGUCGAUCAACUCUCGAACCAUGUCCUACAACGUCAUUAGCAUCAUUUCCUGAGUCUGAAACUCCCGCGGCUUCACAAGAUUCUGGAAAGAAGUUUCGUGCAGCACUCGACUUGCCUUAUCCGAUACCAUCACUCAUCGAUGAUUUUGCUCAGCAGACUAUGAAUGAUUCAUUGCCUCAACCGGAACUCAAUCGUACUCUAGAUGAGCCACGCUCCGAUUCCGAUUCCACCACCACAUCUCACAUGCAAAACUCUUCCAAUGGGACAUUUUCAAUCAAUGGUUCUGAUAACCCUUCAGCCAACAAACCUAAAGAUCUCGACCCGACCACAGAAAACCUUAUUCGACCCGAUCAACCUGUCAUUGAGGAUAUCUUUCUAGAACAAGAGCCGAAAUCACUAGUCGAAGCUGUUAUGGACUCUUCACCUCUUGAUGCUAAAUUUGAGCUAUCAUCACCUAUCCCAUUAGAUACACCUAAACGCUCUCAACAUGAACUACCAUCGAAACUUGACACCAACCUCUCCUCUUCAUCUCAAUCGCCUCACUCUAGCCCUGACAUCAUUCAAUCGCCUUUUGAUUCGAUCAGUGUUUUGGCUACUAGUGCCAGGAUGACCGAGGUAGGAAUGAUGAUUCAAGAAGUAGCAUUGGCACUAUUUGAAGUUCAG